AUGUCGCUCCUGCCCCAGAUCCCUGGUCUCCUGCCCUGGUGGCAGCUCAUUGUGUCCAUCACAGCCACCCUCAACUCCGCCCAGGCCUACACGGGCACCCAUGCGACCGCCAGAGUAUACUCGAACGACACCAACAAGGAGGUGACGCGACUCCAGGCACGGACGUUUGGCACCUGGACCUUUCUGUCGGCUAUCAUUCGGUUCUAUGGCGCCUACUAUCUGACCGACAAGCACGUCUACGACCUCACUCUGGCCUCUUAUCUCGUGGCGUUUGGACACUUCAUGUCGGAGUUCCUCAUCUUCAAGACCGUCAAGUUGAGCGGCCCCUCCAUUGCUCCCAUGAUUGUGUCCACCACCAGUAUUGUCUGGAUGGUCUUGCAGAGAGAUUGGUAUCUUAGUUGA